CAAAGUAAAUGUUUGUUUAUAUCAAUUACAUGUUUAUAUCAAUUAUAUUUAGUUUUUUCUCUAAAAAACAACAUAAUUUACAUAAUACUCGAAACUAUAGUAAACGAGCAACGAAAAGAACAGAAAAUUCGAUAAUCACGUCGAGAGAUGAUAACGUUCAGCAUAGAACAAGAAGAGCAGUAGGUAGUGUCGCGACAAUGUCUCUGUUCCCGGCUUACAGUCAGGAGGCCGCCGCCUCGAGCCCGUGCGAGGCCGAUGCCGGCGCUGCGAUGUGCUGGGCGGACUCGAGUCCGCCCGAGGUCGACGCCGCGAUUGUGCCCUGUGGCGAGGCCGAGCGCGAGCUGCUGGAGUCUAGCGACAGCGAGCCGGAGACGGCGCCCGCGCCCGCGCCGCGAGCUGAGCCCGAACCGGACUACUACGUGGAUCGGCGCUUCGAUGGUGGCAACCUGCGCGUCUCCACCAUCUACUACCCCGGCCGUCCGCAAUACAACAGCCCAGAGUUCCACCUGGCACUCGGUCUGAAGCGCACGGCGGGGCACAGGAAGCGUAUGCGUCGCUACUGGCAGGCGAAGGACGACUGCAGGGGCGGGGAGGGCCCGCAGGCGGAGGGGGAGGGCGAGCGCGGCGCCGCGCUGCGCCGGGCGCUCGUUGAUAACCCGAGGGACGUGGAGCUGUGGCUGCAGUACAUCGACUAUCAGGAAUGGGUGCACGGCGCGGAGGCGGCGCGUGCGGCGAGCGAGGCGGCGGCGGCGCGCGCGCCUGACGCCCCCGCGCUACGAGCGCGGCGUCUCGCGCUGCUGCAGCGGACUGAAGCCGCGCAGGACUACGUCACGAGGCUGCGCGACGAGCUCACGCAAGAGAAGGAUCCGUCCGUAUCGGCAGAGCUGUGGUGUCGCCUGAUAUCGGCGUUGGCGUGCGAGCCAAUGGCCGGCGUGUCGGGCGCGGGCGCCGCCGCCGCCGCCGCCGCGCGUGCCUGUCGCCGUCUGCCCGCCGCCUACCCCAACAUACUGUACACGUACGGGUCGGUGGUGCGCGCGGCCGGGCUGUGGGAGACGCUGGUGCUGCUGCUGGAGCUGGUGCUGGCCGCCGCGCCCGGCGCUCCCCCCGCCCUGCCCGCGGCCUUCCCCCCGCCGCGCGACCCGCGCCGCGAGCAGGCGGCCGAGCAGCGCCUGCAAGACUACGAGGACAAGGUGGUGAACAGCGGGCUGCCGUCCGGUGCGGUGUGGGCGCGGGUGGAGCGCGCGCGCGGCGCGGCGCACUGGCGGCCGGCGCGCGUCGACGACGGCGACGCCGACGCCGAUCCGCAGCGCGCGCCGGCGUUGGCCGACGUCGCCGACCUCGUGCUGCCGUGUGCGGACCCCGCCGCACUGUUCCUGUUACUGGUUAAUGCGCUACGUCUAGCGAAGGUUCCUUUGCUUCCCGGUGCACAAUACGUGCACUCGGCGGCGGGCGCGGGCGCGGAGGAGUGGGACUGCGGCGAGGCGCUGCUGGCGCUCGGCACCGCCUCCCGCCGCCUCCCCGCCACGCACGCCGCCCACGCCGCGCCCGGCGCGCCCGCACCACUAGUGAGGCUCGCCGUCGACCCGCCGCACUACUUCAGCGAUGACUACGGUUACCGCAGCUGGGUGGAAGCGUUAUGGGAGGCGGCGCUGGCGGCGGCGAGCGCGGACGGCGUGGUGGCGCUGCUCUGCUGGCGACUACGGUGGCUGCACUCGCAGCUGCUGCUGCUGCCCGAGUCCCCGGAGAGCGCGGUUGAGGCGCGGCGCAUUCGCGACGCGGCGCAGGCGACCCUCAAGCGCUGGGGCGGUGCGCACGCGCUGGCGUUCGCGCUGUUCGCGCGCCUGGCGCACGCCGCGGCGCCGCGCGGAGGGGGAGGGAAGCCGGACGCCGGCCGCCGCGCCGUCAUGGUCGCGCUGCGGGCCGCGCUGCAGGACGCCAGCGUGCCCACCACACAUCUGCUGUACAUCGCCAGGUAA